AUGCUGCCCCUGCGUCUACUAAGGCAGGCAAAUAUAGCUAGGUUGAAACGCUGCAUCAGUACUUGUUCUAACUUCCAUAGUUGUUGUUAUUUAUUGUCACUGAAACACAAUGAUAAUUAUAAAUAUUUUGCUGAUAAAACUAAAAAGGAUGAUAAAUCAACUAGCAAUGAUAAGAAGGAUAGCAAACAAGACACUGAUUCAUCGCAACGAUAUGAACAUCCGCCCAAUCAACCAUAUGACCCAUCCAUCGGUCUAUCACUUAUGAUUAUAUUCGGCGGCAGUUUAUUACUUGAACUGGUUAAUUCCGGAUUCUAUCGCAAUGAGAUAACAUUUCAGGAAUUUUUUGUCAAGUACCUCUCUAUGGGACAAGUGGACAAAAUUCAUGUUGUGAAUAGAGAAUAUGCCAAAUGUUUUAUUAAGAAUGGCAAGGAAAAUAAGAUUGUUUACUUCCGAAUAGGUUCAAUUGAACAUUUUGAGACACGGUUGAACCAGAUACAGCAGUCAUUAGACAUUCAUCCCGAUGAAUAUAUACCCGUUCAAUAUGUCACGGGUGUAAACGUUGUUAAUGAAUUGAAGAAGUUUAUCCCUUUUGGUAUAUUAUUCUUUCUUAUAGCUCUAGGAUUUAGAAAGUUGAUGAUGAAGGGGCCUCCUGGUAUGGAUAAGUUUUUUAGGAUGGGUAAGGCUGUGACGGUACAGGCCAAAGAUUUAAAGGUUAAAACAUCGUUCAAAGACGUUGCUGGGAUGAACGAAGCUAAGAUGGAAAUUUCCGAGUUUGUAGAUUUUCUCAAAAAUCCAGAAAGAUUUAAAAGUUUGGGCGCCAAAAUACCAAAAGGCGCACUGCUUUGUGGACCUCCUGGUACGGGUAAAACGCUUCUUGCCAAGGCUGUUGCCGGGGAAGCCCAAGUUCCAUUCUACUCCAUAUCUGGAUCAGAUUUCAUUGAGGUAUUCGUUGGUAUCGGCCCCAGUCGUGUAAGGGAUCUAUUUGAGAAUGCUAGAAAAAAUGCCCCUUCAAUAAUCUUUAUUGAUGAAAUAGAUGCCAUUGGUAAGAAAAGAGCGAGAGGAGGCUUUGCCGGUGGUUCUAACGAUGAAAGGGAAAAUACAUUAAAUCAAAUUUUGGUAGAAAUGGAUGGCUUUAAAUCAUCAUCAGGUGUAGUUGUGAUGGCCGGUACUAAUCGUGCAGAUAUACUAGACCCAGCAUUAGUGCGACCAGGAAGAUUCGAUAGAACAAUAAAUAUCUCAAAGCCUGAUAUUGGGGAGAGAUAUGAAAUAUUUAAGGUUCAUUUGAAGCCCAUAAAAUUUAGUCAGAAUACUGAUGUUGAUGAUUUGGCUAGGAGAAUGGCAGCACUUACACCUGGUUUUGUCGGUGCCGAAAUUGCAAAUGUAAUAAACGAGGCGGCAAUUGUGGCUGCCAGGCGAAAAGCUGAAGAUGGUGUUGAGAUGAGGGAUUUUGACGCGGCAGUUGAGCGAUGCAUUGGAGGUAUGGUCAGAAGUUCAGGGCUACUUUCCAAUGAACAAAAGAGAGUAAUCGCAUAUCACGAGACAGGGCACGCUCUCACUGGUUGGUGGCUUGAAUACGCUGAUCCUGUACUCAAAGUUUCUAUUGUACCACGUUCAUCUGGUGCCCUUGGCUUUUCCCAGCAAAUGCCGGAUGACAUAGCUCUUUUUUCAAAGGAGGCCAUUUUGGACAAAAUCGCAGUGAUUUUAGGGGGGCGGGCUGCGGAGGAAAUAUUCAUUGGAAAAAUAACUACUGGCGCCACCGACGAUCUCAAUAAAGUUACUAAAUUGUGCCAUUCAUUCGUAUCCCAAUGGGGAAUGAAUGCUAAAAUUGGUCUAGUCUCAUACAAUACAGAAGGGGAACAAGAUUUUUACCGUAACUACUCGGAAUCUACCGCUCAAAUGAUUGAUAAUGAGGUAAAGAACAUCAUCACGGCCCAGUAUGAAAGAGUUAAAAAGGUGUUGUGUGAUAAGGCUGAUUUAGUACACAAAUUGUCCAAUUUGUUGUAUGAUAAAGAAACACUUACAUAUCAUGACAUAGCGAAUUGUGUAGGGGAGAGACCAUUUCCCCCCAAUGAGAAGUAUAAGGCAUUCAUUGAGGCAAAUCCUCAUAAAAUAGCUGUAAACAGUAGUAAUUGA